AUGCCCCCAACCCCAGCCUCAAUCCUCACAACCCUCACCCCCCGCGCAAAAGGCAAAAUAGCCCACCUAACAAUUUCCCGACCCACCAAACUAAACGCCCUAAACACCUUCCUCCUAACCCAACUACCCCAAACCCUCCACUCUCUCACAACAAGCCACGCAGACCUCCUCUGCGUAAUCAUAACCGGCGCCGGAUCCAAAUCCUUCAUCGGCGGCGCGGAUAUCGCCGAGAUGGCACAGCUGGACUCGCCAGCGUCGGCGAGAACGUUUAUAUCCAGGGUUUCGGCGGCUUGUAGGAGUAUACGCGAGUGUCCGGUUCCGGUUAUUGGGAGGGUGAAUGGGUUUGCGCUGGGCGCGGGAUUGGAGGUUGCGGCUUCGUGUGAUUUUCGGGUUGCGUGUCGGGGGGCUGUUUUUGGGAUGCCGGAGGUUCGAGUGGGGAUUCCCAGUGUCGUUGAAGCGGCUCUUCUCCCUGGGUUGAUUGGAUGGGGCCGGACCAGGCAACUACUCAUGCUGGGGGAGAAUAUCACAGCCGAUGAAGCUUUGAAAUGGGGUCUCGUUGAGAAAGUGGUUGAGCCGGAGGCUUUGGAUGAUGCUGUGGAGGAGUGGGUGUGUCAAUUAGAGAAGAAUGGACCUCUGGCUGUGCGCAAGCAGAAGGCUCUUAUGCAGACGUGGGAGAAUUCAUCUUUGGAAGAGGCGAUUCAGGCUGGAGUUACUGCCUUUGAGGAGUCUUUUGUGUCGGAAGAGGGUGAGAUUACGGAGCCGGCGAGGAUGCUUGGUGCUUUCUUUAAGAACAAGUCCAAGAUAUAG